GGGGCAGCCGGCCCCGCCUCCCGACGGCCGCGGGCCUGAAACGCCGAUAGUGCCCCGCCGGCCUAGGGGAACCCUAGGGAGUGGUCAUUAAAGAGCCGGGGAGGGGGACUUCCCCUCCCCCUCCCCCCCCGGGCCGGGGGUUCCGACCCUUCCCAAGCCGCUGUCCACUGCCCUAAAGCCCUCUACUUUCUCUUUAGCUGCCCUGCGCCCCACGGUUGCUAGAACCCUGGAGUGUGGAGGGAGGGAUUCCUCCUCUUUACCCUCUCCGGGGUUCCCCCAGAAAUGUGACCCCCGCAAGUAUCCGUCGGGCCGAAGAAGUCCUUUUUUAAGGGGAUCAUUCCUAGAAUCAAAAGGUGAGAGCCAGAAAGGACCCGAGAGAACUUUCAGUUCGUUUUCUAGGGUAGUCAGAGGAAACUUCUUGAAAUCUGGCUGAGAAUGAUUGCUCUUAACAUCUGUUUUUCAAAUCAAAACUCUGAAAGUUGAAGAAGGAAGCGCUGAGAAUUAUGCAGGAGACAGGAUUUGGACCUGUAUUAAGAUACUCUGAAGAAUGACAGUGACCCUUUGGGAUGUCCACUGCAGCACGAUGGCUAAUCCCAGGCCACCAAUCAUCAGAACAUCUCAUUUUGUUCACAUCUUUAUGCUGAUCCUUGGGAGUAGAAGCCAGCACUCUUUGGGAAAUGACUUUAUAGGCAACUAUUCAAACAGCUUCCUCAGUCACGUUCCGAGCCAUCUGUCAUCAAAAACAACAAUCUUAGAUCUGUCGCUAAACAAUAUAAUUAAGCUUCAGAUUGAGGACUUCAAAUCUCUUCGAAAUCUGAGAGUUUUAAAACUUUCUUAUAAUAGGAUCCAGCAUUUUGAUAUCGAUGUGUUUAGAUUCAACCAGCAUCUGGAAUACUUGGAUUUAUCCCACAAUAAAUUAAGGAAGAUUUCUUGCCAUCAUCUCAUGAACCUCAUACAUUUAGAUCUCUCAUUCAAUGAAUUUGAAGCUCUCCCCAUCUGUGAGGAAUUUGCUAACAUGUCCCGACUAGAUUUCCUGGGACUGAGUGCUACAAGAAUACAAAAAUCAGACUUGCUACCAAUUAGCCAUUUGAAUCUAAGUCACAUCCUAUUGGAUCUAGAAAGAUUUCAUGGGGAAAAAAGCACACUGGAGAAUCUUCCGGUUUUGAAUACAAAGACACUACGAAUUAUCCUCCCUCUAAAUAAACCGUUCUCUGUCCAAUUGAAUAUGUCAGUAUAUAACUUAAGACAUUUGGAACUAUUUAAUAUUAAUGUAGAUGAUGAUAAAUGUUCACUUCUCACUGAUUUUUUGUCAAAACUAAUCAAUAAGGCAAAAUUUCUGAAUCUUACCCUCUACCAUAUGGAAACUACUUGGAAAUGCUUUGUAAAAAGUCUUCAAUUUCUUUGGCUGGAAUCUGUGGAAUAUCUUCAUAUCUACAACCUCACAUUGGUGGAUAAAAUUGAUUUUGAACCAUUUAGCUAUAGUGAAACUUCACUGAAAGGACUAAAAAUAGAACUUUGUAUCAUCAAAGUUUAUUUAUUUUCACAAAAUGUUUUGUAUGAUUUCUUUUCAAAUAUGAACAUAAAAAUGUUAAUAUUAUCAAGUACCCGUAUGUUGCAUAUGGUUUGCCCUUCUAAGCCUAGCCCAUUCCAGUAUUUGGACUUUGCUAACAGUCUUUUCACGGAGAGUCUUUUCCAAGAUUGUGAAAACUUAACCCUCUUACAAACACUCAUCUUACAAAAGAACAAAUUUACACAACUUUCCAAAAUCUCUCUCAUGACAAAGAAAAUGAAGUCUCUGAAACAUCUGGAUUUAAGCCAGAAUUCCAUCAGUUAUGAAGAUAAAAAAAACUGUAGCUGGGCUGAAAGUCUAUUGGUCCUAAAUCUGUCUUCCAAUGAGCUCACUGACUCUGUCUUCAGAUGUCUACCUCCCAGGAUCACAGUGCUGGAUCUACACAGAAACAAAAUCAGGAGCAUCCUUAAAGACAUGACCAGUCUGGAAAUGUUGCAAGAACUAAAUGUUGCUUCUAAUUCUUUAGUUGAUCUUCCGGGGUGCAGUACCUUUAGGAGCCUUUCCACAUUGGUCAUCACGUAUAAUUCAGUUACCCACCCAUCUGCUCAUUUCUUCGACAGCUGCCAGAAUAUUAAAUCACUACAAGCAGGAGACAACCCAUUCACGUGUACCUGUAGCCUAAGAGAAUUUAGCAGAAAUAUAGCCACGUUAUCGGACCAAGUGGUGAGGGGAUGGCCACAUUCAUAUAAGUGUGCCUUUCCGGAUAGCUAUAAGGGGACGCAGUUAAAAGACUUUCACUUGUCUCCCUUCUCGUGUAAUUUAGUUCUGAUCACCAUCACUGUUCUCCUCAUCGGGUUAGUUCUGAUGAUUGUUACAGCUUUUCUGUGCAUCCACUUCGACCUGCCGUGGUACCUGAGGAUGAUAUUACAAUGGACUCGGACGCGACGCAGAGCCAGGAACAUCUCCUUGGACCACCUCGAAAGAACGUACCAGUUUCAUGCUUUUAUUUCCUAUAGCGAACGGGACUCUGCCUGGGUAAAGCAGGAGCUGAUUCCCAACCUAGAAGAUGAAAACAUCAAGAUUUGCCUUCAUGAGAGAAACUUUGUCCCCGGAAAGAGUAUUGUGGAAAACAUUAUAAACUGUAUAGAGAAAAGCCACAAGUCUAUCUUCAUUUUGUCCCCCAACUUCAUUCAGAGCGAAUGGUGCCAUUAUGAGCUUUACUUUGCUCACCACAAACUUUUUCGUGAAGGUUCUGAUAACUUACUCCUUGUUUUACUGGAACCAAUCCCUCAGUGCACCAUUCCUACCCGGUAUCACAAGCUGAAAGUUCUCAUGGCGCAGAGAACCUAUUUGGAAUGGCCCAAGGAGAAGAGUAAGCAGGUGUUCUUUUGGGCUAACAUCAGAGCAGCGUUUAAUGUCAAAUUAGCAUUAGUUACAGAAGACAAUGAAAUUUAGAUAAUUUAUAAUUUUUAUUAUAUAAAAUUGCUACAAAUCAAAUAUAUUUAUACCUACUUACUUGUGUGACUCGCUGGGUGUUUUUAUGGUCAUAGCAAUAGUAUGGUUGAUUUCAUCUUAUUUAUUUAGUUUAAUGAGAUUGGGCUGGACCUAUGAUUUAAGAGAUCUGGGUAAUUUUAUCUACAUGUGUUCUGGAGCAGACAUGGUCACAAGUAUUUUUCAGAGUUGAGACUUGAACUUAGAUCCUCCUGUCUCUGAGGUUCUCUAUCCCAAACUGAACACAAACUUACAGAUGUGGUCUGAUCAGUUUAGAAUACUCUGGGGUUAUUCCUUCCGUCGUUUAUUGUUCAGGAAACUGUGCUUGUAUCAACAUAGUCUAAUAAUAUUAGUAAAUACAAGAGCUUAUACUUACAAAAUGUUUUAUAUACAUUCGCUUGAUCAAAUGUCAUUUACAAUCUCAUCAUACUCUACAGACUCAUUGAAUUUCCAUUGAGCUAAAUCCUCAAAUUUCUUUUUAUAUAAUGUUCAUAUAAUGAACUUCCAACCAAACUAGAUCUCCCCCAGUCAACUUGGGCAGAUGAUAUUUUGAACUUAUGAUAUAAAGGAAGGAUAGUUAUGUGGUUCAGUGGAUAGAAUGCUGGGUCUGGAGUUAUUGUGAGUCCUAAUCUUGUGCUAAGAAGCACUAAUUCUAUGAUCCUGAGGCUUAACCCUGUUUGCCUCAGUUUCCUUAUCUGUAAAAU